GAUAAAAUAAAUUUGAAAUAUUAAUUGAUAAAAACCAAAAUUAUAUAACUUAAUGUAACCUAUUACCUAAUGUAACGGAAUUUUACAUGUUCUUUUUUGUUCGUUCAACUACCAAAAAAUACUAUCCGAAUUAUCCGAUUAGUCUUAUGUUCUUGAGCAUAGUUUAUGUACGCAUUACUAUUCGUAAAAGUGUAAAUCUUGAACAUUAUAUUUUAGUUGAAUUGUGUGCAUCGAGUAUUAUGACAUCAAAAAUCGAAUGUGUUAUUAAACAAGCUAUAACCACUUUUUCUGGUUCAUAUACAUCAAAAGCUUUUCAUGAUAAUUUGAUUAAAUUGAAACGUUAUACCAAUGCAUUGGACGCACGGUCAAUUGGCUUAGAUUUUAGAUUAUUGCGAUGGGACACAUUUGAAUUAAACAACAACCUGGAUAAAUUGUCUGGAUCCACAUUUAUACGUCGUCAUCAAGCUCCUGUUACUUACAUUGGAGUGUUUGAAGAUGAAAACGUAUCAAUUGGAGUGUUUGUGUUGAGAGAUGGUGCUAAAAUACCUUUACAUGAUCACCCUUACAUGUAUGGUGUGUUAAAAGUUAUUUAUGGUAAAGUCAAAGUACAAAGCUAUACACCUGUGGAUAAGGAUUAUAGCCAACUAAACGAUUCUAACAUCAGUGCAAUAAAAUUAGCUCCAAUAAUUGUUGGAGAAAGAGACGAUUCGUGUGUGUUGUGUCCAGUUGAGGGAAAUAUUCAUGAAGUGGAUACUAUUGAUGGUCCAGCUGCAUUUCUUGACAUAUUAGCUCCUCCAUACAAAACUGAUAUUCCAGAAGUAGGGAAAAGAUGUUGCAGGUACUUUAAAGAAGUAAAUAUAUCUGAAGAUAUAAAAUUAGCUAUUGUAUCAGAUCCUAGAGAUUACUGGAGUGAUACAGCUCCAUAUACUGGACCUCAAUUUGGUAUACAUUUUGAACCUAAAACCUAAUUGUUACAUUUUGCAAAUAUUUUUAUACAUCAUUCAAAAUAAAAUAUUAUUUUAUGACUACUAGUCAUCAAUAUUUAAAUCUA